UCCGCUUCCGGUUGCCAGGGCCCCGCGUUCCAGGCAGUGUCUGUGCUGUGUUCGCGAUGGGAAAGUCAGAUUUCCUUACCCCUAAGGCCAUCGCCAACAGGAUCAAAUCCAAGGGUCUUCAGAAACUGCGCUGGUAUUGCCAGAUGUGCCAGAAGCAGUGCCGGGACGAGAAUGGCUUUAAGUGUCAUUGUAUGUCCGAAUCUCAUCAGAGACAACUGUUGCUGGCUUCAGAAAAUCCUCAGCAGUUUAUGGAUUAUUUUUCAGAAGAAUUUCGAAAUGACUUUCUAGAACUUCUUAGGAGACGCUUUGGCACUAAGAGAGUUCACAACAACAUUGUUUACAAUGAGUAUAUCAGCCACCGAGAGCACAUCCAUAUGAAUGCCACGCAGUGGGAGACUCUGACUGACUUUACCAAGUGGCUGGGCAGAGAAGGCUUGUGCAAAGUGGAUGAGACACCCAAAGGCUGGUAUAUUCAGUAUAUCGAUAGGGACCCAGAAACGAUCCGCCGGCAGCUGGAACUGGAGAAAAAGAAGAAGCAGGACCUUGAUGAUGAAGAGAAAACUGCCAAGUUCAUUGAAGAACAAGUGCGAAGAGGUCUGGAAGGGAAGGAACAGGAGGUCCCUGUUUUUACGGAAUUAAGCAGAGAAAAUGAUGAAGAGAAAGUUACAUUUAAUUUGAGUAAAGGAGCAUGUAGUUCAGCUACGGCAUCUUCCAAAUCAAGUUCUUUGGGACCAAGCGCAUUGAAUACAAUGGGGAAUUCAGCAUCAGUGAAACGUAAAGAAUCUUCCCGGAGCGCAGCUCAGUCAAAAGAGAAGAAGAAAAAGAAAUCUGCCCUUGAUGAAAUCAUGGAGAUUGAAGAGGAAAUGAAGAGAACCUCUCGGACAGACUGCUGGCUGCAGCCUGAAAUCAUCGUGAAAAUUAUAACCAAAAAACUUGGAGAGAAAUAUCAUAAGAAGAAGGGUGUUGUUAAGGAAGUAAUUGACAAAUAUACAGCUGUUGUAAAGAUGAUUGACUCUGGAGACAAGCUGAAACUUGACCAGACUCAUUUAGAAACAGUAAUUCCAGCACCAGGAAAAAGAAUUCUCGUUUUAAAUGGAGGCUACAGAGGAAAUGAAGCUACCUUAGAAUCCAUCAGUGAGAAGACUUUUUCAGCUACAAUAGUCAUUGAAACUGGCCCUUUAAAAGGACGCAGAGUUGAAGGAAUUCAGUAUGAAGACAUAUCUAAACUUGCCUGAGUUUGAAAAUUUGUUAACAUUAAAAUCCUAAGCAUCAAAUUGGUGUUUGCUAAGACAUUACAAGACUCUACUGUGUUAGGGUACUUCUUUUGUAUAAAGCAACUGGAUUUAUUUAAAUUUUACUGUAUAUUUGUAUAGCUGAACUUACAGAAAAAUCUAUGUCUUAGGAAGUAUCAAAACUGUGUAAUUUUGUCCUUAUUUUUUUUCUUUGUAAGAUUUUCUUGAUGAUUUAUAUUCAUUAAAAUAAUAUUGUAAUAUAUUUUAUGUAGGAUAAUUUAGAAAAAUAUACUUAUAGGAAAUCCUUCAUAGACUCCAAAUUUAUAUUUUCAGUAGUAGUGCUGUAAAUAUUUUUAAAAAUCAAUCUAUGAAUAGAAUAGCAGCUUUAUUGAGACACAGUUCACACACCAUGCAGUUUGACCCAUUGUAGAGUAUACAAUUCAGUGGUUUUAGUAUAUUUACAGAGUCUUGCAGCCACCACCACCAUAUGAUUUCAGAGCAUUUUAUUACUGCAGAAACAACCCUGUCCCCACAGUCACUCCCCACUCUCCCUCUCUCCCCAGCCCCUGGCAGCCAUUAAUCUACUUUCCAUCUCUAUUGUGUUGCCUGUUCUGGAGAUUUCAUAUAAAUACAAUCGUACAUAUAUGGUCUUUUGCGACUGGCUUCUUUUACAUACCCUGUGUUUUCAAGGGUCAUCCAUGCUAUAGCACAUCAGUACUUUAUUCCUUUUUAUGGCCAAACGAUAUUCCCUUGUAUGGAUAUAUUGCAUUUUUUUAGACCAUUUAUUAGUCAGUAGACAUUUUUGUUUUCACUUUUGGGCUAUUUAUUACGAAUAAUGCUGCUAUAAACAUUCAUGAACAAGAUUUUGUGUGGAUAUAUUAUUGCAGUUCCUAGGAGUGGAGUGUAACAUUUUGGGGAAUUGCCAGACUGUGUUCCAAAGUGGCUGCACCUUUUUACAAUCCAACAGCAGUGUUGAGGUAUACAUUCUUAAGUAAGUAGAGCAGUAUAUUAUUUAGGGAUGCAAAAGACAAGAAGCCCACUUCACACUUCGCUUAUGCAUAAUAAAUAAAUUUUAAAAAGGAAAUUUCUAGUUCACAUAACAAGGAGAAGACCCUAGCUUCAGGUGCUGUGGGAUUCAGAGUGGGGACAGCCUACUGAGGGCUUGCUCUCUGCGUCUGCUUUCUCUGUGUUUGCUUUCUCUGUGUUGGGCUCUCGUCUCAGGCUCUUUUACAAUACAGGAUGACUGCCAGCAGCUCCAGCUCUGCAUUUCACCCUUCUGUCACAGUUCAGACAGAAAACCUGAAAUUGAGGCUUAACAGUCCACACCAGGACAAAUCACUCAAGAUAAAAGGAUUAGGAUACAGUGAUUGGCCAGACCUGGGUCAUCUGCCAACCCCUUGAGCUGACUCUGCUGAACCCAGAGUCAGGGAGAUGUGAUAAAUUCCAUUGUCAGGAGGUUGGGAGCAUGAGGAAUAGGAAGAAGAUGAUGUCAAUGGUUUUACAAUGUUCUUCCAGAAUGGAUGAGUGUCUGAAAUAACUACCAGCAGAGUAAUGUGGAAAGGAAUUGGGUUUUGGAGGUAGGUGGGUUUUAAAAUGAAUUCUGGCUCUUCUACUCACUAACUGUGUAAUAUUAGAAAAGUUAAUGCUCGUGAAUUUCAGUGUUUUUAAUGUAUAAAUUUUCAAGAAAUGUGCCCCCGCAGGGCAGUUGUGAGAACUACAUGUAAGUUUCAGACUCGGAGCCCAGUACUUCCUAAGUGUUGAGUAGAUGGUACUGUGUGUGGGUGGAUCCAAGCAGUACAGCCUCACCUGGCAUUAAUCUGCCCAGGGAGAAUGGUUCUCCCUGAUAAUAGUGUGAUGAAACAGGACAAAUUUCAGAUGCCUCCCCCAGAUAACCUACAUUUAUCAUCAACUCUUGUUUUUCUUCAUAGGAAAAAAAAGUUUCAUCUCUACCUUCCAUAUGUAAUUUUUCCCCAAUGUUUUCCUGAAAUUAUCUCAGAAUAAAAUAAAGCAGCAUAAUUGAGGUUACAUUUCAUUUUAAAAAUAGGAAGCACAAAAAACUUGAUUCUUCAUUACAGAGCACUUUCCUCUGAAAGUUCUUAGAGGCCAACAGUGUUUAUGUUAAGCCAAGUGAUGCAAACACCUAAAAUCAAGUCUUAUAUUGACUUUCUUUCUCUUAACAGCAUCAUAAGCUAUUCUUUUUCUUACUUUAUUUUUUAGAGCAGUUUUAGUUCACAGCAAAACUGAGGGGAAGGUACAGAGAUUCCCCAUCCCCCCAUCCGGCAUGAAACACACAGCCUCCCCCACUAUCAACAUCCCUACCAGAUGGGACAUCUGUACAACUGAUGAACCUGCACUGAUGCGUCAUUAUCACCCAGAGUCCACACUUUACAUUAGGGUCACUCUUGGCGGUGUCCAUUCUGUGGGUUUGGACAGAUGUAUAAGGGACAGAUAUCCACCAUUAUCAUGUCAUACACAGCAGCUUCACUGCCCUGAAAUCCUGUGUUCCACCUUCUCAUCCCUCUCUCCCACCACUCAAUCCCUGGCCACCAGUGGUUUUUUUUUUGUCUCCAUAGCUUUGCUUUAUCCAGAAUGUGAGUCAUACAGUAUAUAGCUUUUUCAGGUCAACUUGACUUCACUUAGUAAUAGGCAUUUAAGGUUCCUCUGUCUUUUCAUGGCUUGAUAGCUCAUUCCUUUUUAGUGCUGAGUAAUUCCACUGUGUGGUUGUACCACAGUUUGUUUAUCCAUUCUCCUACUGAAGAACAUCUUGAUUCCUUCCAAGUUUUGUCAAUUACGAAUAAAACUGCUAUAACC